AUGACUAACUUUAUAUCCGCAGGUUCGCGAACAGCUGUCGCAAAAUGGAUACUUAACCAGCCCGAUCUCAAUGCAGAAAUUACCACCUUCUUGAAACAGCAGACGACCGUAGAUAUGGAUAUCGAUGAUCCAUGGGAUUGGGCGAUCGACCGCUUAGUCCAGGAACUAUGCACAGAAAAUCGGACAUGGCAGUCUUCGGUCAACAAUGCCUCCCGACCAGACCCCGAAGCCCUGGAGACCAAAUUACGAGACAACGCGGUUGUAGGUACGACUAUCCUUUUGGACGUGGGAGACUCUGAAAUGAAAGAUGACCUCGGUAUCACAAAGCUCGGCCAUCGAUCUUGGAUGCGAGAUGCUAUCCGUGCUCUGCAACUGAGAUCCCCCAAAUACCAUUCUUACCGGCAUACCCAUACUAUAGGCAGCGACUUGUUUCACACGACAAGCCAUCGUGGCGUACAACCUGGCGGGUCUCAUGAAAGUGUUUCGGUCGCUGAUCUGGUUGUGCCAACUACUAAUAGAGGGAACGCGGACCCGCCUUUUCCAAUUCUAUCUAGUAUUACGCCAGACGAUUCAGAGGGACAGCCAGGAACUGAUGGCGAGCAUCCAACCGGGUCUCCAAACAGAAAGAAACCCAAGCUUGAUAAUGCGACAGCUGUGAUCGAUAAUGAUCUUCUUGGGGCAGCGAUGACAGGUGAUUCUCCAAUAGAAGAGCCCCACGGCGCACAAGGUGCGCUCGACGCGAUGGCUGAUGUUCCGGUCUCUGGUUGUCUUUCCUUCGUUGACGUGAACGGCAAGAAAAGAAAACGCUUAGCUCCAACUCUCGUCACCACCGUUAUUGAUCCGACCAGAAAUCGAGACAUACUUACAUAUGCUGAGGAGGCUAUCAGAUUCAAAUUACACAAUGAGCCGAUUUCGUUGGAUCCAGCUGUUGACUUCGAAAACCCUGACCUUGAUGCUGACAACGUGGUUGACUUUGAUUCUCGGAGCGGAACCUCUUCUUUUCAACCGGUCGCAGAAUCUACAGAACCUCGCCUCGAUGCUGGCCAGAACUCUGAGUUCAUUGCACAGCGGCUAUCGAUGACACCACCUCCAUUUGUUGAACCUGGAAAACCUUAUAUUGACCUUAAUGGCAGGAAGCGAAUGUUACCCAUAGUACAAUCUAAUGUCGACAUUUUAGAGCCAAGGGAACAGGGUAAUACUGUCCUAGAGGAAUCACCUGACGUUCAAGGUCCGGUAUCAUCUGACGCGACGAUCGGGGAUGGCAAUAUUAAAUUUGUAGUUGCUGAAGCGAGAAAUACCGCAUCUAAGAUUCCACCACCAAGCUACCUUGAUCGAAAAAGAUUUCUUGUGGAUGAUGUCUUUUACGAGAAUACUGCUAUAGGAGCUGACGCCUCCCUGCCUGAAGCAGAACUCGAAUUCGUUGUGGCUCCCACAAAAUUACCACCUGGUCGUCGACUCUAUGUGCAUAGUGUUAUGAAACGAUUCUUUCGAUCCGAGCCCAUUGCAUUCACCCGAGGAGGGAAGGAAAUGUUUGCCGUUGUUCCGUAUUCGCCAGAACUGAGGCCUAAAUUCUCGACAACAUCGUUCACGCUCUAUCGCCCCGUGGAAGGACAUAUCGAUAUCACACGAGAGAACAUUGCGUCUUGGCCAGAAGUGGGCUCCAAGGACGACACCCAUCUAGUCAGUGACAUAGAGGGCAGAACGGUGACGUUCAAUCCUGCGGGACCUGAUAUGCUGGAAAGCAUGAUGAAUAAGAAUAAUGAGUGGAAUUAUGAAGCCUUAGAGAAGUAUAUGGGCGUCGAGGGUGGUGACGAGAUAUUGCCCGCAUAUGGCGAAUCUGAUUCAGAUAACGAUUACGACGAGGCGACUUUACGUGAGAUAGAGGCCGACAAAGGCAUCAAACUGGAUCGAAAAGUUGGAAAGUCCAGAAAGCCGCCGCUCAGCGCACAAGAAGUGGAAUUCAUUAUCGAUGAGGCAGUUGCUUCACAUGCUACUCGCUGGAGGGAAAAUAAACUGCCAAAAAUCCAACACAAGGCUUACAAGAUAUGGUGUAAAUCCCGUAAACAGAAAAGUCUGAAGCUGGAUAUCAAAGCCAUCAAGAACGAACUUGAAUCGUUAGAGACACGUCUCCAAAAGUUGCGUGAUGCUAUUUCAAAACAACCCUGGACGAGCAGAAUUCAAGUCUUGAAGCAGUCGACGAUAUUGGAGGGAACUGUUUUCGACAGAGAAGCAGCCAAAUGGACGAUGGGUGUGCUAGGAUCAAAGGAGCGUCCAGAAAAACCAGCCAAGCAGACGCCAAAGGUCAAGCUACCCAAAGUCGCUGUUGAAGAGGAAGGUGAGUCGCUGGAGGAUGAACCGGAGUCUUCGAGCUCAGGUGAGAGUUUAGAUGAUUUCAUCGCCUCUGAAGACUCUGGUUGUGAGGAAAAUUGCGAGCUAAAUCUGGCGGAUGCCGAAAUAAGCGACAAUGCUAUGACCAUGUCAGAUGCCAGUCUUUCUGAAUCGCCGGUGACCCCUGACAAGAAGAUCAAGAUCAUUUAUCAGGGUUCCAGUUUUCGACACCCCUCCGAGGUUUUCUCUAAACCUGCCAGUCCCAAUACAGGUUCAGACUCCGCCCUGCUAAGCCCGAAAAUCGAGGACUCCACGCCAGGUAAACUUAGUAUGCCGAAAACUCACAAUUCUGGGGAUAUCAUUGAAUUGUCAUCUGAUGACAACCAAGUGAUUUAUGACUUGGUUACCCCCGAAAAGAGGAGGCCGAAAAUUAUACUCCGUCAUACUCCUCCUAAGUUUGCGGGUUCAGGUGCUAUUACGAUCACUGACGACGAAACUGCUUCCCCUAGUCCCCCACGCGUACGGGACCUGAAGAACGACCCUGUAGCAAUCAGUAAACUUUCUUUCAAGGAUUGGGAGGCUCGUAAGGAUCGACGGGGGCUGCUCAUUGCUGUUUUCCAGAAAAUGACGGCCGAGCUCCGCCGGCGUACCUUCAAUCUCCUCUCUAGGCUGAACGCGGCUCACCUUUGGGUCCACAUGAACAACGUCAUGUCUGCUUGUGCGAUGCAAGACUUUCAUGUUCCCGGAAUGGGUGUAUCGUUAUAUGACCUUGUCAUAGUUGUAGUUGCGUUAUACGAGAUAUACGUCGACUGCAAGUAUCGUAGAUACACUAUCCCGCCAAACCCUCUCAAAAUCCAAGCUUUGAGAGGCGCUCAAAUGCAUGAGCACUAUGGCCCCUUCCAUCAGCUUUGUCUCGAAAUCGUAAACGUUUUCAAGGGUCGGACGAGCAAACCUUCAACUGCCCCUUCCUCCAUAAUUUUUAAGAAGAGCAAAAUCGGUAAGAUCAGCGACCAAGAACGCGCCCUUGAAGAAGAUGCUGGCUUUCAGAGCAGCGGCAAGAGCCAAACCCCAGCGACAGAGCCCUCAGAGGAUGAAGAAGAUGGUGAGCCAGUAUCUGCAAUCCGAAAUCGACGCCCACAGCUCGCACCUUCGAUGAGCGAAGACGAUUUAACCCCAGAUGACAUCCCCCGGAAGAAACGGAAGAAGCUCCUGGAGAAUACUGAUGCCAAAGAUCUUAGAGAACAGAAUCUAGCCCGCAAGGCGGCACAAGAUGAAAGAAGGAUGAGAUUGCAGUUGAAAUUGUCCCAGACUGGUCAUGGGAACGAUGAAGACCAUGGACAGAUAAUAAUAAACGAUGCCAAGUCAGAUGAUCAGGGAUACAUAUUGGUGACCAACAAUACAGCGCCACGCAUAAAGAAGCACCAGAUUGAAGGAGUUCGCUUCAUGUGGAAUCAAUUAGUUGGUGAUGGUGACGCUAUGCAAGGGUGUUUACUUGCUCACACGAUGGGACUCGGAAAGACAAUGCAAGUCAUUACCCUUCUUGUGGCCAUCGCCGAGGCGUCUCUAUCUGAUGAUCCAACGGUAAGAUCUCAAAUUCCGCCACGACUUCGCCAAUCUCGCACGUUGGUUUUAUGCCCUCCGACUAUUAUCGAUAACUGGCUAGAUGAAUUAUUGACAUGGGCGCCACAUAAUCUUCUUGGAGAUAUUCUCAAAGUUGAUUCUACAGUAAAGAUCCCUUCCAGGCUACCAUAUAUUUCUCAUUGGUAUAAAGAAGGGGGUGUUCUCUUGAUGGGAUACGGAAUGUUCAGGACCUUCAUUCAGAAUAAUGCUACCAAAACGCGAGAAGCCAAAUACGACGAUGAACAACAUGCCCAAAUUUUAAAGGCCCUUUUAGAAGGUCCCAAUAUUAUCAUUGCAGAUGAGGCGCAUAAGCUGAAGAAUCCUAAGUCUGGAGUAUCUACUGCAGCAUUUCAGUUCAAGUCAAUGAGCCGUAUAGCGUUGACUGGCUCUCCGUUGUCCAACAACGUCACAGAGUAUCAUACAAUGAUUGAUUGGGUAGCACCCAACUAUUUAGGCCCCAUCGCAGAGUUCAAUCAAAAGUACGUGCAGCCAAUUGAGGAAGGCCUGUACCAGGAUAGUACUGGCUAUCAAAGACGCAAGAGUCUGAAGAUGCUAGCAGUGCUCAAAGAGGAUAUCGCACCAAAGGUACACCGAGCAGAUAUGUCGGUUCUGCGACAUGACCUGCCCCCGAUGAAGGAAUUCAUCAUAUUCGUACCACUCACAAAUCUUCAAAAAAUGGCUUACUCGCUUUACGUUCGCCUUAUGACUUCUGGUGAAGGUCGUACAACCAAGGAUGGCGAUCUGACUCAGAACACCAUUUGGCACUGGAUAGCUGUUCUCCAGCUUCUUUGCAACCACCCUGCCUGUUUUCACACCAAGCUUAAUGACCGAAAAUCCGAUGCCAAAGAGGCUGCAGCCUCUCAGGAAAAUGCUGUUUCUACUUCUAAAGACGACGGGGAUCCAGACGAUUUGUCGAUUUGGAAGACUGGUGCCUCUGAUAUUCUGGUAAAUAGAGAGCUGGCAUUGUUCAACAAAGAAUGCGAUGAUAUCGAAACGCCUAGUCUUUCGAACAAGGUUAAGAUACUCUGUCAAAUAUUAGACGCUGCAAGAGAAGCACAAGACAAAGUCCUUGUGUUUUCUCAAUCCAUUCCAACACUCAAUUUCCUUGAAAAACUACUCAGAUCUCAAGGCAGAAGUCUUUCUCGCUUAGAUGGCAAGACAGAUAUGGGUAGUCGUCAAACUAUGACAAAGAACUUCAACACCAACAACACUGAGAUUUACUUGAUCUCGACUACUGCUGGUGGUCUGGGACUCAAUCUCCCAGGUGCCAACCGUGUAGUGAUCUUCGACUUCAAAUUCAACCCAAUUGAGGAGGAACAAGCCAUUGGUCGAGCCUAUCGCAUUGGACAAAAGAAGCCUACGUUUGUGUACCGACUUAUCUGUGGCGGAACUUUUGAAGAGGUCAUUCAAAACAAAACCAUCUACAAAACCCAGCUAGCAUCCCAGGUUGUAGAUAAGAAGAGCGUGAUUGCUUAUGCGAAGAAGAAAAUGUCCGAAUUUCUUUUUGAGCCGAAGUUAGUUGAACAGCAUGACAUAUCCGAAUUUACGGGUUUGGACCCUCAAGUUUUGGAUAGGCUUUUGCUUUCAGAGAAGGACUCGGGCAUCCUGCGAAAAAUACUGCAAUCGGAUACCUUUGCGCAGGACGACAAAAAUGUGCUUGACGCCGCUGAGCAAAAGGAAGUUAAGGAGAUGCUAGAUGAUGAAAAGCUGAAGCGGACAAAUCCGCAGGCAUACGCGGCGAAGCAAGCGGCGCAUAUAGCAAAAACGCAGGAGUUGGCGCGAGCUCAUGCUCGUCAAACGGAGGCAGCAAGAAUGCACGUCAACGCACGAGCUCAAAUUCAGCUUCAGCAAUCCAAUGCAACAAAAGCCAACGUGCAGCCACAACAAAAAGUCAUCCCCCUAAACUCCUCUGAAGCUGGUCCUGCUUCAAUUAUUCCUCCAAUAUCCACUCCUACCAGGGCCGUGGAGACGCGGAUAUUGCCACCAUCGUCACAGACUUCAGCAUCUGUUCCUGUCACACCAAGCAGUACUCAAACACCAGCCGAAUCAACACUGUUCAAGUCAGCAGAGUUCGACCUACCUCCAACCAAGAAUACAUCUCUGGGUGAACGACAACAAAACGGCCCCAUUCGACCACCUAUUGUAGUGAAACACACUACAUCUCCAUUGAUAAGACGUGGACAAUCACCGAUACUCGGCGCGGGGACAAGAGCCGGAUCCACAUCCUCAGAAUCAACGCCGUCUCAGGUCAUCGCCAAAUCGCCAAAUCACAAGAAAGUCAACGCUUUGAGAUCCGAUCAAUCGUUGGAGCGUUCCAGACAUGAUGUUAGAAAUGUAGGCUCUUCAAAACGCUCCUCAAGUCCUGCUACUGUCUUUCGCAACCCUCACCCUGUUAAACUACCUAGACGGCAAGCACCAAGUGAUGCUGCUGCAUUUAGCGAUGCUGCCGGUAAUCAGGAAUUCCUUCAUCGUAACAGUCAAUUGAUUCUGCCUGGAGUUCAGAUAGGUGGAAAGGCUCCACAGCCAUCACCACUGUGGCAAAACCAUGACAAGCCUCCCACUUCGUUAUCUAAAUUCAAGUCCGCAAAAACAACGACGAGCGAUACACCGAUGUACGCCGCAAUGAGCAAGAGACCUUCAGUCAAUUCUCUCAAGACAUCUGUUAUAAAGAAACCACCUCGAAGCGCCGCAGAGAAACAUGCACGAGACGCUCGAAAAGCCUCGGAGCGGCGUAAAGCGCAGCAUAAAUCUCAACCUUUGGCGGUACAGCUUCCCGACUGGGCGAAAGAUGAACUCGCCAGGUCAAGUACGACCUCCAAUCGUCGUCGAAGUGUAACGAGUUCUUCCCAGCGAGCUGUAACGCCUUCAUCUGCCAAAGGCAACCCUCAGAUUGAGCCACCUAGUUCUGCUCCUCCACGUCCGCUAUGA